AUGGUCAGCUACGAAACGUCUUCCUUUCAAGUACAGGGAUUGGUAUCAAGUAUAUCCAAGAGAUUAUCAAGUGAAACAAACUCGUUGCUACUAAAUGCAAUUCCAACUGGAAGACAAGCCAAGAGACAUGCCCAGCAAAUCAACUAUUCUGAAGAUUUCAUAGAUGAUUUUGAGAUUGAAAAUAGUCCUGCUGACCUACCUUUGAGUGGACAAGAUAGUGGCCGUAACUUGAAUGAAUCUAAAACUCAAGUUGACGCACAGAAAUAUGGUCCUGCUAGAAACACACCAAGAAUUAACACCCUCGAGGAUGAAUCCAACUUGAAUGGUCAAACAAACAAGCCGGAAAUAUUGAUUCCCAUAAAAUUGAAUUUGGAAAGCACAGUGAGUAACCAUAAAGUGAAUGAUAUUUUUAUGUGGAAUUUGAAUGAAUCGUUGAUUACACCUACAGACUUUGCAGCUAUCUUGUGCAACGACCUUGAAUUGCCCAACCCAAUGAUUGCACAGGUUUCAGACUCAAUAACACAACAAAUUGAAGAAUAUUCGUAUGCGUCAAAUUUGACUAUUCCCAACAAAAACCCUUGUAAUGUGAUUAUUGAUUUGUCGGUCAAUUUAAAUAAACAAUUGUAUCAAGAUAGAAUAGAGUGGGACUUGAAUCAGAAUGAUAUCACUCCAGAAAAGUUUGCUGAGAUUGUCGUUGCUGAUCUCGGGUUGUCUUUGGAAUUCAAUUUGGCUAUUUCGCACGCGUUGCAUGAGGUUAUAAUCCGUGUCAAGAAGGAGAUUAUUGAGGGCUCCUUCAACAAUGAGAUUCACAAUUUGCAUUUGGUGAAAGGUAUCUUUUUUGAACAAGGAUUGCGAAUUUUUACUGAAAACAGUGUCAAUAAUGGAAACGACCACUGGGAACCAUCGGUUGAAAUUUUGAGCUCGAGUGAAAUUGAGAGAAGAGAAAACGAGAGGAUCAGAAACUUGAGAAGACUUAAAAGGGAGAGCAUGAGACGCGAUUACGAUGACAACAAGAGAAGAAAUGUUGGCAGGAGAAGAAGAGGAGAUGACGAUGAAUGGAGCAACAAUGGACUGCUCACGAAACCCUCGACUAUGGAUUAUAGUCCCAUAAACUACACUCUACCGCGUGGGCCACAAAAGCUAUACCUUCAAUCACCAGCGCAUCACCAACGCUCCAACAAUGAUUCUCAACCCGACUCCGUGCUAGAUGACUGCCGUUUCAUGUCUUUUGAAGAAUGGAAGAAACAAAAAAUCGAUACGAAUUUGUCGGUGUCCAACUCGUCACGAACUACUGCGAGAAAUAACUCAACGGCAGUUGCAGUUGUAGAGAUCAACACAGAACACGAAGCGACAACCUACAAGAACAAGUUCAAUUUUGCCUCGGCUGACUGUGCGGCCACCAUAGUAAAAACAAACUCCCAAGCGAAAGGCGCCUCAGCUAUAUUGAAAGAGAACAAGGACUCUUACUUACUAAAUCAAUGUUCUGUCCCAAACAAGUUUAUCAUUAUUGAGUUAUGUCAGGACAUUCUUGUCAGCCAGGUUGUCUUGGGUAAUUACGAAUUCUUCUCAUCAACGUUCAAGGACAUAAGAGUGAGUGUGAGUGAUAGAUUCCCGACUCAGAACUGGAGAGAAUUGGGAGAUUUCACUGCUGACAAUAUUCGGGAUGUUCAAACUUUCGAUAUUGCAAAUCCGUUGAUCUGGGCACGGUAUUUGAAGUUGGAUAUAUUGAGUCAUUACGGGAACGAGUUUUACUGUCCGAUAUCGGUUGUUCGAGUGCAUGGAAAGACAAUGAUUGAUGAGUUCAAAGAAGAUGAGGAGAUUUCCCAGUUGCCAAAUUCAGAACCAACGAAAGUGAGUGAACUAGAAGAGAGAGACAGUGAACUAGAGACUUUCCUUAGUGACAACUCCUUCAAUGAGUGCAAUGUGGUUUUGCCACACUUACUAUUGAAUGAAUUUCUCAAAAACCAUAGCUCCAUACAAAAUAGUCAGUGCUUGCCAGGUGAAGGAAUAAACACCAGUUCGGGUCCUGUGACUACAACAACAGCCACACUCGCAACCACGCAGGAAUCGAUUUAUAAAAACAUCAUCAAGAGAUUAACAUUGCUAGAAUCUAAUGCUACUUUGUCACUACUAUACAUUGAAGAGCAGCUGAAGCUAUUGAGUACAGCGUUUCUGACUCUAGAAAAACGACAAUCAACCAAUUUCAACAAUUUACUCAAAUCUGUCAAUUCCACAUUGAUUCACCUGUUGGCAUUAUUCAAAGAAUCUUUUAACGACAUGAACGAAAGCAUGGAGGUCAUGAACCGCGAUUUGACAUUCCAGAAGCGGUUGUCAUUUAUCAACAGCUUAAUUAUCAUUUGCCUUUUGGUUUAUGUAAUCUUGACGAGAGAGAUCAGUGUCCAGGUACCAACAGGCGACGCAUCUGAAAAAAGACCAAGACCAGUCGCCAUACAGGACAAGGACAAAUUGAACACCGCACAAGAUCGGCAUGGGAAGGAUGAGAUAGUACAUGUUUCUGAUCCCGUCUUGGCCCCCUUGAGAUCAAUGAAUUUAGAAAAUCAAUUGAAACACCGUAAAUCCACAUGA